AAUCAAUCAGAUGACCUUAACAAAAAAAAACGCUGCAGAGAAAACCAAUUCCCUAGACACAUUUCACAUUUCACUAUUAUUUUCCUCCCUAAAAAACCUUUUCCAUUGUCUUUUUUCAGUUUUUCACUUUUAAGAUUAAAAAUCACUUUCUUCUCUUCCUCUUCAUCGUUUCCCUCCUUUCACUCUCAACCAGAGAUUCCUUCGAUCAUCUUCCCAAACAUGGGAAGAUACAUAAAGAAGUCAAAGAUCGCCGGCGGAGCCCUUCCCGCAAAAGAUAUCUCUCACCAAACCGCUUCCAGUUUUCGCACCAGAGCCGCCAAGAACCUCGCCCUGCAGCGUCUCCGAUCUCAUUCCACCCCGCCGUGCGUCGACGCAGACUCAUUUCGCUACCUCCAGCUCCGGAGCCGCCGUCUCGUUAAGCUUCCGUUACUCGCCGACACAAGAAAACAACAGCAGAAACAGCUUAUAAACAGUGUCGGUAAACGACAGACGACCAACCCUAGAGCUAACUCGGUGUUGUUGUCAGAGCCGACGAAUCUGGAAGAAGACUGUGGUAGCAACUUGGUGAACUCUGGGUCUGGUUGUAGUUUUGGAGAGAAAGGUCUCGAGUUCGAAUCUGGAGACAGAGAAACGACGCCGUGUAGCUUGAAAAGAGACUCAGAAGAAGCUAUACAAAGUGUGCCUUCUCAUGAGAUCGAAGACUUCUUUGCAUUCGCUGAGCAGCAACAACAGAGAUUCUUCACUGAAAAGUACAACUUUGACAUAGUGUCGGAGAAUCCAUUGCCAGGACGUUACGAAUGGAUCAAAGUGGUGCCAUGAACUGGUUUGGCUGUAACAUGAUGUUGUAAAGUUGUGUGAUUUAUUAGGAAGAUCUGUGUUGGAACAGAGGCAAUGAAAAAUUGCACACAGACUAACAAAGACUAGCCUACUAAAAACCCCAAACACAAGGGUUUUUUUUAAGGGGCUUGGGGUUAACUUGUUAGUUAAGGUAAUAAUAAUGUAAUGUUUUUUUUGGAUCAAUGGUAAUAAUGUGUAAUGUUUUAAUCUCUCUAAUAUGCAAGAAAUAAAAAUAUUAAUUUAAAUA